AUAUAAGUUGAGUGAGACAUAAAUAAACCAACUAACUCACUUGCCUGAUUAAUCCCAACCGAAACACUGUCUUUAACUGUGUCUAAACUUAACAUGUGUGCACUUGUCCCUCCAUUGUUUCCCAAUUUCGGCUGGCCUUGCGGAGACCAAGGCUUCUAUGUAAACGACGACAUAGCCAACACGUUUCUUGAUUUUCCGUUGCCGGACUUGGACGUGGAUCAUCAGAAUGCGUCAUCGGAGAGACAUAGAACUUUAGGGUUAGUGAAUAAUCCUGUCCUGAUGAAGAAGCUUAAUCACAACGCGAGCGAGCGUGGUCGUCGCAAGAAGAUCAACUCAAUGUUCUCAGCUCUCCGUUCUUGUCUCCCAUCUACCGAUAAAUCGAAGAAGUUAAGUGUUUCAGCAACAGUUUCACAGGCCUUAGAGUACAUACCAGAGCUGCAAGAGCAAGUCAACAUGCUCAUAAAGAAGAAAGACGAGCUCUCGUUUCAAAUCUCGGGUCAAAAAGAUCUCCUUAACACUAACCAAAACGGUAACCCAGAGAAAGGGGACACUCGUUAUGCAUCAACGGUGUCUGCGACUAGGAUCGGUGAGACGGGAUUAAUGGUCCAGAUUUCAUCGUUACAGACUGUGAAGUGUUCGUUUGGUAACUUAUUGAGUGGAAUAGAAGAAGAUGGGUUGGUUCUUGUGGAUGCUUCAUCUUCAAGGUCUCAAGGAGAGAGACUCUUUUACACUAUGCAUUUUCAGAUGGAUAAUUGCAAUCUGAAUUUCGAGGAGUUAAGUAGUAGGUUGUUGUACUUGUACGAGAAAUGUUGAAACUAAUUUACAUGAUUCAAAAAAUUAUUGUAUGUGAUUUGGUCUUGUUUUCUGUAUCUAUCUUUAAAACUCUCGAGGUUAGAAAUAGUAUCAACCUUGCAAGAAGGUUUUCUAUUUUAAUAAAGUGGUAAUAUUUGAGUCCUAA